UUGAUUUCAAAACUCAAAGGGGUUUCGAGUUUCAGAGCGUCUCUUGGCUAGAGAUGAAUCCGGAUUCGGACUACGGCAUGUCUACAGUGAGCUGUGGAAACGGGAAGCUCCGCUCGUGGCUGAUCGAGCAGGUUGACACCGGGAACUACGCGGGCCUCGUGUGGGAGAACGACGACAAGAGCAUCUUCAGGAUACCGUGGAAGCACGCAGGCAAGCAGGACUACAACCGGGACGAGGAUGCCGCUCUCUUCAAGGCUUGGGCGCUGUUUAAGGGCAAGUUUCGUGAGGGCAUCGACAAACCGGACCCGCCAACGUGGAAGACGCGCCUGCGGUGCGCACUCAACAAAAGUAACGACUUCGAAGAACUCGUGGAAAAGAGUCAACUGGACAUCUCAGACCCCUACAAAGUCUACCGGAUCAUACCCGAGGGCGUCAAGAGACGAUCCAAACAGGAGGAUGGUGGCAGCCCGCAGACUCCCCCGAGCUAUCCCAUGCACCCCUCCUACCCCGCCCUACAGACUCAGAUGUCUGGGUACAUGUCCAAUGCAGAGCGAGGCUGGAUGAGGGACUAUCUUCCAGAGCAGACCUCGCUCCCUGAGCUGCCCUAUGGCCAGUGUUCCUACCCCUCACGCAGCCUACCCUGGGCCCAGGGCCCCAGCAUGGACAACGGGUACCAGAUUACAGGGUCCUUCUACACCUACCCUACUGAUGGCCAGCCCUCCCCCUUCACACUGGACACCAGCAUGAGAUCAGCUGAGGCACUCUCAGAUAUGCGGUUACAUGUGUCAGUGUUCUACCGGGACUCCUUGUGGAGGGAGAUGACCACCUCCAGUCCUGAAGGCUGUCGCAUCACUCCCUGCUCCCCAGACGACAAGCUCUAUUCCCCCACUGGAGGUCCAGACCUGGUGCCCCUACCCCUGGACAGCCUGCCAGCCCUGGGGAGGGGGGAGGAGUGCCCCCCCAGCCCCCCUGGUGGUACCCUGGAGAGGGGCGUGCUGCUAUGGAUGGCCCCAGAUGGCCUCUACGCUCGGCGGCUGUGCCAGGAGAGAGUGUUCUGGGAGGGAGGGUUAUCGCCCUACGGAGAUAAACCCAACAAGCUGGAGAGAGAACACACCUGUAAACUACUGCACACACAGGACUACUUUGCAGAGCUGCAGGGCUAUGCCCUCCACGGCCGGCCCCCUCCACGUCUCCAGGUGCUGCUGAGUUUUGGAGACGAGUGUCUGGACCCGCAGAGACAGAGGAGGACCCUCACUGUACAGGUGGAGCCCAUGUUUGCCAGGCAACUCCUAUACUACACCCAGCACCAGCAGACCAGCGGACACUACUACCGCAGCUACGACCUCUCCCUGCCAGGGGUCAUGGAACACAGCAUGACACCUGCUUUAACCGAGGACUACCAGAGGUUCAUCACGCAUCACCAUAGCAACACCCUGCAGGACUGACAUAUCUGGCCAUCUGAUCACAGUCAGACUGCGGUGCAGGAUAUGGGGAGAGGAGGAGAUGGGAGAAAGCCUGGGGAGAGGAGGAGAGUCGUUUCCCUGUACUCUGGAUCCCAGAUUUCACUCAAAGCCCAAGCAGAACUAUGCCACUCCAAUCCAAGACAGACUGAACCUAGCCAGGCCAGACUGAACUGAACCAAGCCAGACUGAACUGAACCUAGCCAGGCCAGACUGAACCUAGCCAGGCCAGACUGAACUGAACCAAGCCAGACUGAACUGAACCU